UCUCUCUCUUCGCUUGGUUGCCGCUCUAGCCAUUUUCUCUGCAUACCACAAAGCUUCGAACUUGUCAACACCCCAUUUUGCGUUUCCUGGGGGAUUUUAAAAUCCUGUUUUCCGUUUUCGGAGUUCUUUAACUCCUCGCCGGAAAAUUGAAACCCUAGGGUUUUUUUUUUCUCCAUUUUGUUUCUUGGUAUCGAAAGUUGCUGACAUUACUAUGAUUUGCUUAGUGAUUUUGCCCAUUGAAUAUGACUAAAGAUACUUCGGAACCUGGGGGAAGUGGCGGCGGUGGCUUCCACGCGGUUCACGCGGAGCGUGACCUAGAAUCUAACUGGGAAGUUGACCUCGCCAAGAAACUUGAGGAGUAUCUGCUAAAAAUUUGCUCCGGCGAGAUUACCGGAGAAGAAGAAGGCCAUAUUCCAGUAAAUUUUGCCGAAGCUGCUCUGCUGCUUCAGGGUUCCAUACAGGUGUAUAGUCGGAAGGUGGAAUAUCUCUACACGUUGGUGUUACGUGCUUUGGAGUAUCUUUCUCAGAAAAGACAGCAAGAUCAUAUAGAUGGGUCAUCAGUCCAACCAGAAGAAUGUGGUCCCCAUGCCAUUGUUGAUGAAGAAAACGAUCAAUUCUGGGGCUUAGAUGACGUCCCAGUUGAAGAGAAGAUUUCCUUGGAUGGUACAACAGGCAAAGAAGUGAAUUUGGAUCUAUUUAUAAAACCUCCUGCAAAUUUAGUUGUUCUUGAAGGUGACUGCUUGGAUGCUGUAGGUGAUGGAGGGGAAUUGGAGUCUUAUCUGUUGUCCACCACAGAUUUGUACCAGGACUUUAUUUUAUUGGACACAUCUGAUGCUGUUGCCGUUAAUCAGUUUCUGAAGAGCAGCAAAGCUGGUACCACUCAAAAUGGUGCUAAUAGAGGAACCUCAACUCGUAAAAGCUUUCUUUCUCCCAGACGUUCUGGUGGAAGUGCUCAUAGAUCAUCAGCUGCUAAGAGUCAGCGUGCUAAUUCCAACUUCUCUCCUAAACUUAACUGUAGAUUUGAUGAGGAAAAUGUUCGGCCCAACACUCCUACUUGUGAUGGUCUUGGUAACAAUGACUUUGGAUUUAAUAUGGGUGAUGCAUCUAGGGAUUCAGACAAUUCAGAUGCUGAUAAUGAUGAUCCAUGGAAACCUUUGAAUCCUCAUGAACCAGGCAACUUGAGGGUGAAGCCAUUCAGAAAAGUGAAAGUUUUAAAAAAGAAUGGCUUUAAUGUAACACAACCGGUUGCUAUGAGGACCUUGUUUCCACCUGCAAAAUUGCAUGGUCCUAUCAGUACAGAGCUCAUGGAAAUGUGGGAGAUGCGACAACAUGUUCACGAUCCACAGAGGGAUUCUCAACCUCUAACAUUAUAUGAGAAGCUUAGGCAAUCUAUGAUUAAUGAGGUGAAUGAAACCAGUGGUACUUUUUUUAACUCUGAAGCUGACAAUGAUGACAACGACUUUGAUGGUGGAAAUCCUGAAUUUGAUAUGCCAGACAAUGCCUGUACGGAUGAAGAUCUACUUCCUUGCAGUAAAGAGCAUGAAAUUGAUGAUGCCCAUACCAAGGCUGAUGAAGCUGUAGAUCUUGAAUGUCCAGAUUCUCAGGCUAGUUUGGAAGAUCUGUGCCGCUCUCACCUGAAUGCUCUGCUAGCAAGCAUUGCUGAAACUGAAAAGCAAACUGAAAUGGCUGCAAGGGUUUCAACAUGGAAACAAAGAAUUGAUAACAACUUGGAAGAACAGGAAUCACACCCGCCAUUUGAUAUCCAAGACUAUGGUGAGAGAAUUCUCGACAAACUAUCCCUCGAAGCAAGCAGUAGUGGUGUCCUUUCCUUUUCAGAUUUGGUCAAGGGUCAAGAGAAGUAUGAUGUGGCCCGAAGUUUUUCUUCUCUUCUUCAACUGGUGAACAAUGGAGAAGUCAAUCUACAGAGAAAUGGAGUUGAUGGGGAGUCUAUCUGCUACACAUCUGUGGAUCCCUUUCAUGUUAGGCUCCUUAAGCAUGAUAAGAAACGGGAGAACGUGCAACUUCAUUUGUCAAAAGAGAGAGCCAAGUCUCCAACAAAAAAGCCAUCUAUAAAAGGUAACAAGAACAAAACUAAAAGAGAAAAAUCUCCCACAUCUUCUAGGAAACAUGGUCAAACAGGGUUGUCACCACCAGCAAAUUGUAAGUUUUCUGUAAAGCUUGGAAAGGCGAGUGCCAUAAAAUUCUCUCCCGAAGCCAAGAGAAGGCGUAGAUCUCAGUAUGUUGAACCAGUUAACCAACAUUAAGCAGGGUGACAAUGUUGAUAUUAGCACAGCUUAUUCCACACUGCCCCAAAAUGAUUGAAGACAUUUGCUAGAUGUCUUAGUUAAGCUAUGAAACCAUUUCACUUCUAGUUCUCGCUAAAUACUAACAUUCAUCCGUUUUCACCUGUAUCAUUAUUGCUGUUGACUUUAUUAACAUAUUGGUGUAAUAAUAUC